GAAAACCCUUGUAGAUUGAUACUAGAUCCCUAAGGAGUUUAAGCCUCGUCUACCCAUGAAGGAGAAUGGUGUUGUUCUCCUUCUUCUGGUUUAGGAGUAUACACCUCUUAUCUCUUAGCUGGGCUUAGGUUUCCUCUAAAUUCUUUUUGUAGAGGUCUUCUCCAUAGGUUGGGUAUUGGACCUAACCAGCUCAACCCCAAUGGAUGGAGGACGGUAGUUGCCAUACAAGUGUUGUGACGUGAGGCAUUGGAAGGGGACCGUCCUAUCACAAUGGACGAGUUCCUUUACUGUUAUAAGUCCUCAGAGAUAAAGAAGUCUGCUGGUUUUUACCAGUUCUCGUCCAGGGCCUCUUACUAUAGUUUAAUAAAGGGUCAUAGCUUAUCUGACAGGCUCUGGAAAAGAUAAUUUUUUAUUAUUUCUGGAAAUUGGGCUGGGGACUCAGUUAACGUGGGUAAUGCCCCCUUCCCACCUUUUACUAGCCCUUUAGGUUGACUUCGUCCUGAGGCUGUUGUUCGUCCACGCUUGGACAAACUUUACUUGGAUCGAAUUGACCAAGUUCGUGCCUUCCUCGAGAGAACUUUUCACGAUCUAGUGACUCUUAGUCAUCUAGUUGCGUGGGGACUUGGCCCAGUACCUACUGCUGAGAAUCUUGGUCACGAGGAAACCACUCGUCGAAGAAUAACUACAAUGAGGGAGAAUAAGGAAAAAACCAUAACCAAUGGGGACGAGGAUGUCACCGCACCGCCAGUCGUCCGGAAAACUUCCAUCAAGACAGGAAAGAGGAAAUUUAAGUCUAUAUCCAGUGUUGUGGAUCUAGAUGACCUCCCAAGUCGUCCAGGCCCUAAGAAGCAAAAACUUGGCAAGGCUUCUCUUCCCAAGGUUUCCAAGUUUACACCCCCAACGGUAGACUUGGACGACCCUCCUGUCGAUGCGGAGCCCGUUCAAACAGUUCAUCCCAUCCAGACUGAUCCUACUCCCCCUCUAGCCAAGACUCCUCGCAAGCCUCAUUCGUCAGAGCCAUCUGAGCGUCCUUCUAACCUGGUGUUGGACGAGAGCUACGUAUGGAGGACGUUCAAAGGAAUAAUCACUGAUAAUGAAGUCAAUGAAUGCUACAAUAUGUCAGUGAAGGAGUUUGAACGCUCUGGUAUCCAUGACCUCUUCAAGGCUAUGUCAAAGUUUUAUACAGCGACGUGCCAGGCUAAGGAACUCUGUGCGGAGGCUAAGACGACUAAGGAAAAGGCUAAGGAGCUGAAUAAUGAAAUUCUAUUAAAAAAGGGGGAGGUGAUUAGAUUGACUGAUGAUUUCAACCAUCUGCAAGGAAGUGAGACGAAGCUGAAGAACGAGGUGGAGGAGCUCAAAAUGGAUGCCAUCGAGAAAGAGACUCGCAUUGCUCACUUGGAGGGACAAGUUUCUGGGUUUGCCUCGUCCUUGGAGAAAGCACGUCAGGAAGCCAUAUCUGCCUUCAAGAAGUCUGCCGAGUACAAGAAUCGUCUAGACAGUCACUUUGCUGCUGGUUAUGAGGACUUCCGUGUUGAUGCUAAGGAAGCAUUUCCUGACUUGAACUUUGACUCUUUCAAGCUUCCUCUUGCUACAGAAAGCUCCUUGCUGCAGACGAGUUCUGAGGAUGUCAACGUAGUGGACGACUCCAGCAACGAAGUUAUUCAGGACGACCCCAAGUCUGGAGGCAAUGCCCCUAAUAGUUUACCCAAAUGAGGUUAUUUAUUAGUUUAAUUUUAUUAAAGGUGCCAGUUGUUUUGGGCUUUGCUCC